UGGCGUUAAACUGACCAAAACUUAAUAAGACCGUUGCCUCAACUCAUUUUUUUCUUUCUACCCUCCCGACAAAGGUUAAAAUGGAUGCAAGGAUACAGUAUUUACUGUUAAUGCUUGUGGUUCUUCAAAGUCAGUUCAGAGAUUUCACGAGAGACUGGCCUGAGAUGAAACCUGUGUGGAGAAGAGGUGAUGAAGUAAAGGCAAUACGUCACUACGAUGUCCCCUCUUGUUCUGACAUCCCGCCAGCACUACCAUUUGAAUACUUGGACCAUGAUUCUAUCCCAAAAUGGAAGAGUGUGAAUCAAGGCUUAGAAUUCAGUGACCCGAUGAAAAGAAAAUUUGAUGGCCUACAAUCCAUUUUUGAAAAACUCUGGAAUGAAGAUGUCACAUUGCCUUUGUACGUGUUUCAUCAUGUAAACAACACACCUCAUGCCAACUCAGAACAAACAAGACAAGAGAUUGAAGAGGAAAGCCUGACUUCACAUCUCUCCAGAACCUUGGAGAUCUCUGACUAUGAUGAUUUAUUCGAGGAGAUUGAAGAGGAAAGCCUGACUCCGCAUCUCUCCAGAACCUUGGAGGUCUCUGACUUUGAUGAUUCAUUCGAGGAGACUGAAGAGGAAAGCCUGACAUCACAUCACUCCCCAAUCAUGGAGAGCUCUAACUUAGAUGAAUUAUCAUCAGAGGAGGAGACUGAAGAGGAAAGCCUAACUCCGCAUCGCCUUUCCAAAACAGAGUUCCGUGUUCGUGUUUUUUUUGCGGGUAGGUCAACAGAACUGGACAACAGUCUUUUCGACAACACCAUACUGGACUCCAGAAUCCAAAAGAAACUGGAAAAAGUAAUAAGUCUUCAGCGAUCCCACUCUUGGCCCAAAAUCCCACCAGGAUUUACAGUCGAAGACUUGGACCAUGAAUCUUUCACUAAGUGGCAGAGUAUGAAUGAAACCUUAAACUUCAGAAGUUCAAUUAGAAAAAAUGAAAAACUACUCAAAUUUUUACAAACGGAUCUCAACACAUCUCGUAUCAGCUCAGACCGAACAAGACAAGUGGACCCUAGAAGGACCCGUCAUCCACCAUCUGGACCACCAGUCAAUCAAACCAACAGACCUACGCGACCUGCAUCAGUGCAACAACUUCAUCAACUCAUGGAGUCACGGUAUCAAGCAUCAGUCAUGCAGGUGGACUCUAGAAGGACCCAUCAUCCACCAUCUGGACCACCAGUCAAUCAAACCAUCAGACCUACGCGAUCUGCAUCAGUGCUGCAACUUCGUCAAGUCAUGGAGUCACGGCGUCAGGCAUCAGUCAUGCAGGUGGACUCUAGAAGGACCCAUCAUCCACCAUCUGGACCAGCAGUCAAUCAAACCAUCAGACUUAGGCGAUCUGCAUCAGUGCAGCAACUUCCUCAAGUCAUGGAGUCACGGCGUCAGGCAUCAGUCAUGCAGGUGGACUCUAGAAGGACCCAUCAUCCACCAUCUGGACCAGCAGUCAAUCAAACCAUCAGACUUAGGCGAUCUGCAUCAGUGCAGCAACUUCCUCAAGUCAUGGAGUCACGGCGUCAGGCAUCAGUCAUGCAGGUGGACUCUAGAAGGACCCAUCAUCCACCAUCUGGACCAGCAGUCAAUCAAACCAUCAGACUUAGGCGAUCUGCAUCAGUGCAGCAACGUCCUCAAGUCAUGGAGUCACGGCGUCAGGCAUCAGUCAUGCAGGUGGACUCUAGAAGGACCCAUCAUCCACCAUCUGGACCAGCAGUCAAUCAAACCAUCAGACUUAGGCGAUCUGCAUCAGUGCAGCAACGUCCUCAAGUCAUGGAGUCACGGCGUCAGGCAUCAGUCAUGCAGGUGGACUCUAGAAGGACCCAUCAUCCACCAUCUGGACCAGCAGUCAAUCAAACCAUCAGACUUAGGCGAUCUGCAUCAGUGCAGCAACUUCCUCAAGUCAUGGAGUCACGGCGUCAGGCAUCAGUCAUGCAGGUGGACUCUAGAAGGACCCAUCAUCCACCAUCUGGACCAGCAGUCAAUCAAACCAUCAGACUUAGGCGAUCUGCAUCAGUGCAGCAACGUCCUCAAGUCAUGGAGUCACGGCGUCAGGCAUCAGUCAUGCAGGUGGACUCUAGAAGGACCCAUCAUCCACCAUCUGGACCAGCAGUCAAUCAAACCAUCAGACUUAGGCGAUCUGCAUCAGUGCAGCAACUUCCUCAAGUCAUGGAGUCACGGCGUCAGGCAUCAGUCAUGCAGGUGGACUCUAGAAGGACCCAUCAUCCACCAUCUGGACCAGCAGUCAAUCAAACCAUCAGACUUAGGCGAUCUGCAUCAGUGCAGCAACGUCCUCAAGUCAUGGAGUCACGGCGUCAGGCAUCAGUCAUGCAGGUGGACUCUAGAAGGACCCAUCAUCCACCAUCUGGACCAGCAGUCAAUCAAACCAUCAGACUUAGGCGAUCUGCAUCAGUGCAGCAACUUCCUCAAGUCAUGGAGUCACGGCGUCAGGCAUCAGUCAUGCAGAAUUUUAAUGGAAUGAGAGUAAUCGUGGGGGCAUCUCCAGAUUUCAGUGCUGCUCAAUCUUUCUUUGUUGGCUACAGUAAUUCUGCCUUCUAUAAGGCAAUGGCUGUAACAUGUACUUUGACUUUACUAUUUGUUUGAUUUUUAUGGCUAUGAAAAGAAUUAUUUUGAUAUUUUCUCUGUGCUGAAGAAAAAGACAAUUUUCCAAGAUCUCAUAAUGAUCACAAUUUGGGCUAAUUUUGGGCUAAACAAAGAAACCACACUAAAGUAGAAUUUUGAGCUUUUUUUUUUGUCCUGAGUAUCCAACUAUUUUUCUAAUCAAAAUCUGACUUAGAGUGACAUAUAAUUCAAUUUGGCCACAUCUAAUCUAAUAAUCAACUACCACUGCCUUGUUGCAGACAGCUGUUGGCAAAGAUUAUAUGCCAUCUCCAGCCACUUUGAAGUAUCACAGUUUUAUCUUUUUAUAACAACUUUUGUGUAAUAUUUGCCUGAUCCUUCUAUCAUUUAAAAACCACGUAGCUGUACUGUAUGCACGGUUGAGACACAACAUUUAACUUAGAUGUAAAGUAAUGCAACUCAUCUUGAUACAAUAUGUUAGGUAGUUGGUUAUCAGUUAGGUCGCCAAAGGCUGCUUAGGAUGGGCACAAAGCACACACAGAACCAGCCGUAGAAACGUUUAAAGGUUUAUUCAAUUUAUUGUCAUAUUAUGGAAGACCACAAGAAAAUCUGACAAAGUUCAGUAGUAUUGCUUUUCAGUUUUGUGUUUGAUAUUAUUUUAAUUUGUCUUGGAAUGUAUAACCUGUGUAUGACCUCAUUUGAUAUAUUUAAUUGCAGCUUUGAAAGUUGUGGAAAAAUAACACACACUUAACAAGAACAUUGUGUGAGUGUGGGUUAACAUGUUGCUUUCUGCUUCUAAGUGAAGAAAAGCAGAAGUUGACAUUUAAAGAUUCAAACUUGUAUUAGGGGGAAAUGUCUGGCCUGCGACAUGUGUCUGCUUUUGGCUGUACUUCUGUUUU